UGCAGGAACCAAUAGACGCCGAGCUGGGCGUGUCACUCCGCCGCAGUCCAAGAAGUGCUGGUGCUGAAGCUCAGAGCUCUAUAGCCGGGCAGGGGGACGGGAGAGCUGCGUUACUGACGGCUGUAGGGGCCGCUGGGGGCGUGUAUACGGGCCUUUAUACGGUAUGGGGGAUUCCUAGACAGUGGGAGCGGAUGCAGUGACGUGUAUGGGGUCUGGGAGCAUGUCAUGUGACUGGUUUUGGGGUAUGAGCAGUGUAUACAUGAAUGCACUUGUAGUGGAGUCUGAUCAUUAUACAGUGUCUUGUAGGGGGUAGAAGGUGCAUAGACAUAGUCAUGGCCGAUAAUUCCUCGUGUCCCGGAGGAGAACUGAAGUACUAUACCUGGGAAGAUGUACAGAAGCGCUGCACACGUGACGAGAGAUGGCUGGUCAUCAAGCGCAAAGUCUAUGACAUCACAAGGUUCUGCUAUCGACACCCCGGGGGACCCAGAGUCAUCAGCCACUAUGCUGGCCAAGACGCUACCGAUGCGUUCACUGCAUUCCACAUUGAUAAGGAGUUGGUACAGAAGCACAUGAAGUGUCUUCUGAUCGGGGAGUUGGCGCCCGGGCAGCCUUGUGUGGAGCCCAAAAAGAAUGCUGCUCUAGUAGAAGAUUUCCGGGCCCUGCGCUCCACCGUGGAGCAGAUGGGUCUCCUCAAACCCAAUAAGUUAUUUUUCUUUGGCGUACUCCUGCACAUCCUGUUCAUAGAUGUCCUCGCCUGGCUGAAUCUUUAUUAUUUUGGGGCGUCUCUUAUUCCAUAUCUCAUCACAGUUUUACUUCUUGGCACGGUCCAGGCCCAAGCCGGGUGGUUGCAGCACGACUUUGGCCACUUAUCAGUUUUCGGUAAAUCGAAAUGGAAUCACCUGGUGCAUAAAUUUGUGAUUGGACACCUAAAGGGCGCUCCUGCCAGCUGGUGGAAUCACUUACACUUCCAGCAUCAUGCCAAACCUAACUGUUUCCGUAAGGACCCUGAUAUUAACAUGCACCCUCUUUUAUUUGCAUUGGGAAAGAAGCUUUCAGUGGAGCUUGGAAUUAAAAAGAAGAAAUACAUGCCAUACAAUCACCAGCACAAGUAUUUCUUCCUGAUUGGUCCUCCAGCACUUAUCCCGCUCUAUUUCCAGUGGUAUAUCUUCUACUUUGUUGUACAACGCAAGCAGUGGGCGGAUCUGGCCUGGAUGAUCUCAUUCUAUGUAAGAUUAUUCCUGACAUAUGUUCCUAUGGUUGGAAUUGGUGGCACCAUCACUCUCUUCUUCUUAGUUCGAUUCGUGGAAAGUAACUGGUUCGUUUGGGUGACACAAAUGAACCAUAUUCCAAUGCAUAUAGACUAUGAUGACAACAAAGAUUGGCUGUCUACACAGCUACAAGCCACGUGUAACGUGGACCAGUCUUUAUUCAAUGACUGGUUUAGUGGACAUCUCAAUUUUCAGAUCGAGCAUCAUUUGUUCCCCACAAUGCCAAGACAUAACUACCCAAAAACAGCUCCUCUAGUCCGCUCACUCUGCAAAAAGUAUGGCAUCGACUACCAGUCCAAACCACUGUUUACUGCAUUCGCUGACAUAGUCCACUCUCUACAAGAGUCUGGUGAACUCUGGCUGGAUGCGUAUCUACACAAGUAAGAAGAGCGCCCUCUGUCUAAUACUGCAGGAGUUACCCGGACCAUCUACAGCAGAUAAAGCAGACUGGAUACUUUCUGAACAUUCCUCCAGUGUCUGGUCCGCAGUGUGACUGACCGCCUUCUUUUUUAAGCCCUUCAGGACUGAAGCUCAUCAAAUCAAUGACAACUGAAAGAAUUUCAUCCCAGAUAUUAACCAUUUUGUACCCUGCAUUUGUGUCACUUUGGCUAUAAAAAUAACAAUGAAAGCGGA